AAGGAGUCGCGGGCCGGGGCUCGGUGCAGACGCCGGGAGCUGCGGGAGGACGAGGUCGGAGCGGAAGAGUGGACAUGUCCACCAUGGGCUGGUGGCGCUGCCGGGUGCCCGGGGCCGUGUGGGGGCAGUAGACUGUGCACGGGCUGCGCCGUGGCUGACCUUCGGCCAGGGGCGGGGCGGUGCCUUGAGGUGCGGUGUGGCGAGCUCUACCCUUCUCCGAGACGACUUGCAAGAGGAAGAGGGACUAGGUCCAAACGCUAGGUGGCGGUGUCCAGGUCCCUGGCAUUUUGACUCUGUUCCUGUGGAUAAGAACACUUGUUCUGAAGUUCCAGAAAGGAUCCUAUUCCCAAACAGAAUUUUUGCUGCAUGUGGUUUUGUUCUUCUCUGGAAGUAAAGCCAGAAGUACAAAACUGUCAGGUCCCUGAGUACUGACUGUCCCAGGCUGCCGCGUCUUUCCUGUUGACUCAUGUUGGGUUCCUCCAGUGAAAAUUUUCCUUAGAGAGAUGCUGCCUCCAAAGUACUUGUCUGCCACCAAACCCAAGAGGUCUUGGGCCCCAAAUCUGUGUGAGCUAGACAGUGACUUGUCUCAGGAGCCGGAUGCCGCCAUAGGAGAAGCCGCCACUGACUCUGAAUUCUUUCAUCAGAGGUUUCGGAACUUCCUCUACGUGGAAUUUGUCGGGCCUCGGAAGACCCUGCUCAAACUCCGAAACCUCUGCCUCGAUUGGUUGCAGCCGGAGACUCGCACCAAGGAGGAGAUUAUCGAGCUCUUGGUCCUCGAGCAGUACCUGACCAUCCUUCCAGAAAAGAUCAAGCCUUGGGUGCGUGCAAAAAAGCCAGAGAACUGCGAGAAGCUCGUUACUCUGCUGGAAAAUUACAAGGAGAUGUACGAACCGGAAGACGACACCAGCAGUGACGCCCACAGCGAAGGCAGCAUGAGCCGGAAGGCAGCAGAGGCCCCGCCGCCACACUCCGCCUGCUGCAGUGACCGGGACUGGGACCGGGACUGGGACCGAGACUGGGACCGAGACUGGGAGCGAGCCCGCGAGCGGGAGCACCGGAAGGGCAGAGGCAGGGACCUGGAGUCCCGGGCCCGCUGGCCGUACGCCCGGAGCCCCAGGAGCAGGUUUCAUCAGCGGGAUCUUUCCCUUCCUCUGAUGGAGAAAGUGGCUUUUGCAAAGGAAAGAGAGCACAAACAUCGGGACUCUGUGAUGGAUUACGAGACAAGAUCACAGGAUGCGGUGUCGUACCAGGAUGUGGUGGCCCUCACCGAGGACCGGAAGCCCCAGAACCCGGUUCAGGACAACAUGGAGAACUACCGGAAGCUGCUCUCGCUGGGGGUUCAGCUUGCCGAGGACGACGGCCACUCGCACAUGACCCAGGGCCAUUCGUCACGGUCAAAGAGAAGUGCCUACCCGAGCACCAGUCGAGGUCUGAAAACUAUGCCUGAAACCAAAAAGUCAGCCCAUCGGCGGGGGAUCUGUGAAGAUGAAUCUUCCCACGGGGUGAUAAUGGAAAAGUUCAUCAAGGACGUUUCGCGCAACUCCAAGUCGGGAAGGGCAAGGGAACCUAGCGAUCGGCUGCAGAGGUUCCCCAGGAGGCCAGACAGUGACUGGAAGGAAGUUCCAUUCAACAAGAGGGAGUCGGUGAUUCAGGAGAGGGGCCAUGAAGGGAAUGCCUUUGGGGGAGGAGGCUUUAAUUUGAACUCAAACCUUGUUUCCAGAAAGAGAGUUCUUGAGAGAAAAAGGCGCUAUCAUUUUGACACAGAUGGGAAGGGCUCGAUGCACGGUCGGAGAGGUGGUGCAAGGAAGCGGCCCUUUGAGCGCAGCGAGGUGAGGAAGGCCGCUAGUGGGAGCAGCCUUAGCGCGCCGCCCGUCCCCCAGUUGCAGCCCUUUGACUUUGGGGCGACGCCCUAUGUGUGUGAUGAGUGCGGGAGGUCCUUCAGCGUGAUUUCGGGGUUUGUGGAGCAUCAGAUCACGCACACCAGGGAGAAUCUGUAUGAGUACGGCGAGUCCUUUCUUCAUAGUGUGGCCGUCAGUGAGGUUCAGAAAAGGCAGGCCGGAGGGAAACGCUUUGAAUGUAAGGAGUGUGGGGAACCCUUCAAUAAGAGCGCCGCCCUGGCCGAGCAUCGGAAAAUUCACGCUAGAGAUUGCCUUGCGGGGUGUAAGGACGAGGAGUACGAGGAGCCCUUCAUGCCCAGCCCAACCUUCAGGGAGCUCCAGAAGAUAUACGGGAAGGACAAAUUCUAUGAAUGCAGGGUGUGCAAGGAAACCUUCCUUCAUAGUUCUGCCCUGAUCGAGCACCAGAAAACCCAUGGCCGAGAUGACAAAGGUAAUGAGCGUGGGGAAGCCUUCAAACCCAGCCCCGCGCUUAACGAGCUUCAGAAGAUGUAUGGGAAAGAGAAAAUGUACGAGUGCAAGGUGUGCGGGGAGACCUUUCAUCACAGCGCAUCCCUGAAAGAGCACCACAAGAUCCACACCCGAGGAAACCCAUUUGAAAACAAGGGCAAAGUGUGUGAGGAAACCUUCAUUCCUGGUCAGUCCCUUAAAAGACGCCAGAAAACCUACCCAACGGAGAAGGCCUACGACUUCCAAGAUGGUGGGGAUGCCUUUAGGCAAAACUCAGACCUCAUCGAGCAUCAGAAAAUUCAUUCUCGGAAGAACCUCUUUGAAGGCCGGGGGUACGAGAAGUCUGUCAUUCACAGUGUGUCCUUCCCCGAAUCUCAGAAGAGUCACACUAUAACAAGGCCACCUGAGGAUGAGGAAGACGAGAAGGCAUUCACUGUCAGCUCCAAUCCUGAUGACAGCCGGGAAGCCCUGUCCUACGAGAGGAACCCCUAUGAGAGGUCUUUCAUUCACAGCUCAGCCUUCCCUGGGGCUCAUAAAAGUCACAGCAAACCGAGAGUGAUAGCAGAGGCGACCGUUCAGAGCUCGGGUGCCACCGAACACUGGAAAGUCCACGCUGGGGAGAGUACCUCUGAAAGAAAGGGGUAUGAGAGGUCCGUCAUCCACAGCCUAGCUGCUUUCAGGCCUCCCCGUGGUCGCGGUGGAAAUGAGCUCCUUGGAUGUGACGAGCAGCAGGAGUCCUCCGCUUACCUCUCAGACCCUUGUGGCCAGCCGCAGAAGACCCUUGCCCUAGAGAGCCCCUAUGCAGGGGGUAAGAACAACAUCUUCAAGGGCUCUUUUGUGCACGGUGCAUCCCACACCGUAACUCAGGACAGUCUCGCUGGGGAGGGCCCCAGUGGAUGGAAGAAGGAUGGUGAACCAUCUGUUCCCAAGUCAGAUGUGCGCGAGCAUCAGAAGGCUCGUGCUAAGAAGAAGAACAUCGAGCGUAGGAUUUAUGAGACCUCUGUAAUCCACUCCCUGCGUUUUGGUGAACCUCAAACGUUUCACCCGAGAGAGAAGUUUUACGACUGUCCGGAGUGUGGAGAGUCCUUUGUUCAUAGCUCCGACCUCACUGAGCAUCAGAAGAUCCACGAUAGAAAGAAGCCCUCUGGAAGUGAAAACUACAUACGAUCUGUCAUUCGCAGCAUAGCCUCCACGGAUCCUCAGACCAGUUAUGCGGGCCAGUCAGCACAGAUGAGUUACGCUGAAGAGCCAGCUCAGACCAGUUACGCUGAACCACCAGCUCAGACCAGUUACGCUGAACCACCAGCUCAGACCAGGUACGCUGAACCACCAGCUCAGACCAGGUACGCUGAACCACCAGCUCAGACCAGUUACCCUGAACCACCAGCUCAGACCAGUUACGCUGAACCACCAGCUCAGACCAGUUACGCUGAACCACCAGCUCAGACCAGUUACGCUGAACCACCAGCUCAGACCAGUUACGCUGAACCACCAGCUCAGACCAGUCGCGCUGAACCACCAGCUCAGACCAGGUACGCUGAACCACCAGCUCAGACCAGUCACGCUGAACCACCAGCUCAGACCAGUUACGCUGAACCCCCAGCUCAGACCAGUUACGCUGAACCACCAGCUCAGACCAAUUACGCUGAACAGCCAGUCCGCAAUGAAUGUAAGGAGUGUGGGGAGUGUUUUGCCACUGUUGAAGACCUUGGCAUACAUCAGAAAAUCUAUGCCCGAGAGAAAUUCCAUGGUGGGGAGCUGUUUGGAGACUCUGUGAUUCAGGGCCUUGAUGGACCUCGGCAGGAAGAGCCUCGGCAGGAAGGGCCAGACGAGCCAGACGAGCCUGAAGACACCAUCUAUGGGUGUAAGGACUGUGGGCUGGGCUUCGUGGAUCGCACAGACCUCAAGGACCAUCAGAAGGUGCACGGCAGGGAGUACCUCACCGACAGCCGCGAGCACGCGCAUUCUGUGACGCACACCCCUUCUGUCAGCGAGUAUCAGAAAUAUUACAUUGGAGAGCAGCUUUACGAGUGCCCGGCAUGUGGGGAAUCCUUCGUUCAUAGCUCAUUCCUUUUCGAGCAUCAGAAGAUCCAUGAGCAAGACCAGUUUUACGGCCACAGGAGGUAUGAUGAACCCUUUAUGCAGCCCUUGGUCAUUAGCCCGCAGCGGCCUCGGGCCCCACAGAAGAGUCCUCCUGCUGGGACGUCCCUGCAAUGCCAAGUGUGCGGACAAGACUUCAUCCACGGCUCUGUCCUUAACGAACACAUGAGAGUCCACGCUGGAGACAGCCUGCUGGAGCAGGGCCAGGGGAGCACAGAUGCGGUCAGCCCAGGCUCGGCCCCCACAGACCUUCAGAGAGACCAGGCCAAGGACAAGCACUAUGAGUGCACGACCUGUGGAGAAUCCUUCCCCAGCCAGGCCGACCUCCGGGAGCACAUGAGGAUUCACGAGAAGGACAAGCCCUACGACUAUGGGGCCACCUUCGUCCAUACCUCCUUCCUCACCGAGCCCCCCAAGAGAGAUUCACCCUUCUAUGAGUGCAAGGACUGUGGCAAGUCCUUCAUCCACAACACAGUCCUCACGAAGCAUCAGAAGCUGCACCUCGAGGAAGAGGAAGCAGCAGCAGCCGCCCAGGAAGUUGAAGCCAACGUCCUCGUUCCACGGGAAGUUCUGCGGAUCCAGGGAUCAAAUGUGGAGGCCGCAGAGCCGGAGGUGGAGGCCGCAGAGCCGGAGGUGGAGGCUGCCGAGCCCAACGUGGAGGCCGCCGAGCCCAACGGGGAGGCCGAGGGGCCGGAGGGGGAGGCCGCCGAGCCCAACGGGGAGGCCGAACAGCCCAACGGGGAGGCCGAACAGCCCAACGGGGAUGCUGAUGAACCAGACGGGGCAGGGAUCGAAGACCCAGAGGAAAGAGCCGAAGAGCCAGAGGGAGAUGCGGAUGAGCCGGACGGUGCAGGGAUCGAGGACCCAGAAGAGGAAGGUGACGACCAGGAGAUCCAAGUGGAAGAGCCCUACUACGACUGCAGGGAGUGUGGCGAGACCUUCACCUCCAACUCGGCCUAUGGUGAGCACCUGAAAACCCAUGCCAGGGUGAUAAUAUUCGAGCCUGGAAGCGUCUACGGGGAAAGCUCCCACUACACCGAGCACGCCAGCACCAGCAGCAAUGACAGCGGCAGGGCUGAUGACAAGUACUUCAAGUGUGACGUCUGUGGGCAGGUGUUCACUGACCGCCUGUCCCUGGCCAGGCACCAGAACACCCACACCGGCUGAGGACUUGGGUGUCAAGGUUGGAAAACCUUCACUAGGACUGGACCCUUACUAAACUACAGAUAAUUGGAACCAACCCACGAUGAUGUCGGAAGGAGGCUUCCCUUGGCGUAUACACACCUGACUUUGAACAUCAGACAACUCAGCCUGGAAAGACACUGAAGGUGGAGACUCCUUCGGACUUAGCUCUUCCCCAUCAAACAUCGGCGUAUGCAUGUGGGAAAGCCAUAGCACACGUCUUACCUUCCACCCGAGUAACUGCAUUGAUGGAAAGCUGGAGGGGUUUUCAAGGCUACAGAAAUGGCCCACAUCUGUAAAUGACACUCCUGGAACCUAUAUAUAAUGAAUGUUUCCUGAGAUGUAUAUAGAAUAGCAAAUCAUAGCAAACAGUACUCAUAUUGGGACUUAAUAUGGUAUCCAGUUGCAGUUCACUUGCAGAGGUACCUUCCUUACCUGGUACUCUUUGAUUUUUUUUUCUUUUUUUUUUUUUUUUUUGGAGGAGGAAGAGAGCAACAAAUUAGAAUAUAUUUGUAAGCAUCUUAGAUCCUUAGAAAGAUUUAUUGUGCGUUAUUUGAAUCCUAUCCAUAUUUUUUUGAGUAAUUGACUGUGUUGUUCCUUACUCUUGAAUAUUCCCGUAAAGGUGUAGGCAUGAAAGAUAAAAUGUCUUUUCCGCUUUGCUGUUUGAAAGGGGAAGUACUUGGAGCUUCCUUUUCAGCCAUUUCGUCUACACUAACACUUUGGAACCUAAUGCUGUGUAAGCCUUUACGAUACGUGGAUUGGCCUUUUGUAACCCCAAAUUGAUUGGUUGCCACCUUGUACUUUGCAGUGGUUCUCAUGCAAAAAAUAGUUCCAGGUUUUGUUAUUUGUUUUUAAACCAACUUGAUGUCUGUAGGAUAGUGAAUUCACAAAAGCUGAAGCUUCUCCCUGUGCAUCUUGCGUCUUUGCCUUUCAAGAGUGGUUGCAGCCAUCCCUAGAUCGCGCGCGUGCCUGAUGAGGUUGAGAACCGUGGGGGCUCUCGUGUAAGUUAGGACGGGGCUGCUGCCUCAUCACUCCCUUUGCGCGCUCCCUGCCUUAAGCGACAAGUAGCAACGGGGCUUCGUCCGUGUGUGCCGCUACAACUCAGUUUUUGCACCCUGGGCGCCCAGGGGCGAGUAUCCUUAGAGCUUUCUAGCGUGAAACUUAAUUCUCGUCUUUACCUGUCUGACCCUAAACCCCGUGUCUAACUUGCAUUUAAAAAAAAAAGCUUUCUUUACAGUCAACUCGAGCUUAACGUGGACUCAGGUUCCCUAGCAGCCUUAAUUUGUUUCGUUGCCAUCUGUCCCUUCCUCUUAAAGAGUGCCCCCCUAAAUAAGCAGUUGUCACCUAUCCUUUAGAGCGUCACGUCUGUCUAGUCGCCUCGGUUGCCCGUGUGAUCACAAGUCGACCUCACAGCUCGAGGUUUCCUGUGUCCUGUUCUGUGGACCACCUGUGCUCCCUUUGCUUCCCCGCCCCUUGCGUAAUGACUAUUAAGAACUCUUUUUGGCUUUGAGUUGGCUGGAAAAAAAAAAAAAUUAAAAUUAAAAAAAAAUUUUAAA